AUGAAAUGGCGGGACUUCACUUCACUUUCGUGUGGGUAAAACUAAAAGCUGCUAAACCCUAAACGCAACCUUCUCCCAGUGCGCGAUUCAAGCAUGAUGAAUGGCGGUGGUGGCGGUUACGGUUCAAUACGGAUUCGAGCUUCCUUCGUCAGGUUGCUUUCUACGAAUCCGGUUGAUCCGUCGGCUGAAAGAAUAUAUAGGAGAUUGUCAGCCUUGGGAGCUACCGGCGGAAACGCCGGAAUAACACUGAAUGAGUACAUCAGAGAGGGAAGAUUUGUCAGGAAACACGAGCUUGACCGAUGCAUCAAGGAGCUUCGGAAAUACGGAAGGUAUCAACACGCUCUCGAGAUAAUGGAGUGGAUGGAAAUGAGAGGUAUUAACUUCGCAUAUCGUGAUUAUGCCGUUCGCUUAGAUCUUGUAGCAAAAGCUAAGGGGAUAGCUGCAGCUGAGAAUUACUUCACUGAUCUCUCCCCGGAAAGAAGAAACCCCAGCACUUACGGUUCUCUACUGAACUCAUAUUGCAAGGAGAAAAUGGUAGAUAAAGCCCUGUCUCUCUUUGCCAAGAUGGAAGAAUUAAACUUUGCUACAACCACAUUGGCUUUCAGUAAUCUCAUGUCCAUGUACAUGAAAAUCAACCAACCGGAGAAACUCCCGUUGUUGAUGGAGAAGAUGAAACAGAGAAAUCUCCGUCCCUGCACUUUCACUUACUGUUUAGUAAUGAGUAGUUAUUCGUCUUUAAACGACAUGGAAGGUGUAGAAAGAACAUUCAAGGAGAUGACUGAGAACAUGGAAGACUGUGAAUGGACAGCUUACAGCAAUCUAGCUGCCAUUUAUGUUAAAGCUGGAAUUCAUGAUAAAGCCGAAUGGGCUCUUGGUAAGUUAGAGGAGAAAAUGGAACCGAAUAACAGAAUGGCUUACCAUUUUCUGAUAAGUUUAUACGCGGGGAUCAAUAAAGCAACUGAAGUUCGUCGGAUUUGGACAUCAAUGAAGACCAUUCUUCCUGUGACGAACAAUAUGAGUUAUCUCAUUAUGAUCCAGGCAAUGGGAAGACUCGACGAGGUUUGUGAAGUAAAAAAAUGUUUUAACGAAUGGUUACAUUGUCAUGUAAACUACGAUAUUAGAGUAGCGAAUUCCGCCAUAGUUACUUACCUUAAACACGACAUGCUGAAAGAAGCUAAAAGUGUUCUUCUCCAAUCGAUGGAGAGGUCGAAAGGACCUUUCUUUAGGUCAAUGGAGAUUUUUAUGGAAUUUUAUUUGAGGAAUGGUGAGAUUGAUGCUGCUUUUAAGUGUUUGGAAGAAGCAGUGAGUUGGAGAAAAGGAGAGGAAUGGGGACUGUCUGUUAAAUAUAUUUUGAAGUUUUUUCAGUUUUUUGAAGAGGGAAAGGAUGUUGAUCGAGCAGAAAGGUUCUGUGGAAUAUUGAAGAACAUGAAGUGUUUUGAUUGCAGAGCUUAUAAGUUGUUGGUUCGAGUCUAUGUAGCGGCGGGUCUGACUCCGCCCGAGAAGGAAGGUAGGAUGGAUGAGGAAGGUAAGAUGGAUGAGGAAGGUAAGAUGGAUGAAGAAGAUGGGAUUGAGAUAGAUUCUGAACUUGAGGAUCAUAAUAUUGUAGGCUCAUCAGCUCCAUAGGGACUACUACUAGUUUUCUUAGUGUUUUAUCAAUCUUAAAACUCUUCUUUUAA